AUGGGGCCGAAAAUCGUCGAACGAUGCACUAACGCCAACUUUUCAUUUUCUGCUCGCCACAAACCAAAGCAUUUCGUGCUUGCAACCAAGCUAUUAUAUCGUUCAUUCUUUCUUUCAUACUCUCCCCUGCUCCCUUCUCUAUCUCUCUCCCACAUCUGUUCGCUCUCCCUCUCUUUCUCUGUCUCUCUCUGUUUUUCUCUCUGUUUCUGUGUGUCUUUCUCUCAAUCUCACUUUUCUUUUUGUCUCUCUUUCACUCUCUCCCACUCCCUCUUUCUCUCUGUUUCUCUCUCUCUCUCUCACUUGCUCUCUGUCUCUCUCUUUCACUCUAUCUUUCUUGCUGUCUCUCUCUGUCUGCCUCUCUUUCUCUGUCUCUCUCUCAAUUUCUCUGUCUAUGUGUGUGUGUGUGUGUCUCCCUUACUCACGCUUUCUCUUUUUCGCUGUCUCUAUCAUUCUUUCUCUCUGCCUCUUUCUCUCUGUGUGUUUCUCUCUCUCAUUGUUUCUUUCUGUUUCUCUCACUCGCUCUCUCUUUCUCUUUGUCUCUCUCACUCUUUCACUCUCACUCUUUCUCUCUGUCACUAUCUCUGUCUCUUUCUCUCUCUUUCUCUCUCUCUCAAUUUCUCACCUUCGAUCUAUUUUUUCUUAUUUCUUACUCCCCACGCUAAUUUUUUUCCUCUUCCUCUUUUCUUUUAUUCAAAACCUCAGAUGUCUUCAUUUUCCCCAUCUUUCUCCAUUACUUUUUCUUUCUUUUCUCUUCCUUUUUCUUCGGCCACUUCUCCAGCUUUUUCUUUACCUAUUAAUCUUUUUCUUCAUUUUCUUGAUCGUACGUCGUCCUCCCGUGGCCAUUCACAACUAAAUAGCGGAUAG